UGUUAUAACAAAAAUUGGAUGAAUCUAUCAUGAUCCCUAUGUACCCAAUACCAUAGUAUAAACCUGCCUGUACUUUACAAUGCCCCUGACUGUAACAAAGUUAUAAUUUUCGUAUCAAACCGCUGCUUAGAGCACGUGGUCUCCCAACAUCAAAAUGAAAGUAGAACUUCUGGUCACAUGCACCAAAAUUUGUACUUAUACAAUAUACAUAUGUAUAUGAAUUUUUAAUAUCAGUAUCAUUAUUCUUCAUAUGUUUGGAAAUCGUGCCGCUGUUAUUAAAUUAAAUUGCUCGUUGAGACCAAAGCAUUGCGGUGUUAAAGGAACGAAUGAUUUCAAACAAAAUGUAAAUUGACAUUUUCAAGAGAAAUGGUCUUGGCAUGUUUUCAAUAAGAGCUAUUAAUAUUAGAAAUGGUCUACUGUGUCCCACUGUACCUACAUAUAUAUGUAUGUACAUAUAAAUAUAUACCGACGUAGUUCUUACAAUAACGCACUCCUCAUACAAAUUCGUAUGUAUGUACUAUAUACAUACAUAUGUAUAUUUACACAUUAUCACGACUUUUCUUAACACAAAACGUUUGCCAUUGAAAACGACGUUGUAAAUAGCGCUCUUCGUAGAAUGUUAAUUGUUUGUUACGGUGGAAUCAUAAAACAAACCAUAAAGUGACCCACGCAACACAACAAAUGCAGGUAGAAUUUCUAUUGGUGGCCCAUAGACAAAACAACACCUACAUUCUCAAUACGAUCACGAACAGAGCAAUCAGUUAAAAAUAAAUAAAGCAAGAUUCAGGUAGGUAAAAUGUCAAAGGUAUUCUCAAACAUACAAAUGGUCUGUUUAUUUUGAACACAUUCACGCAUGUAUACAGAUGCACCGUAACAAAAUUCGUUAGAACCGCAUGUAUUGUGCAUUUGUGCAGCAUGUUGCAAGUAAAAAAAGAUUCCUUUAGAAAACGCUUUAGUUGGUUACUUGCACUGGCAGCAAGUAGACGAACAAAUUGGACAAUUCAAACGGGCGGGAAGUAGUACGCAGUGAAAUUAUUCUAUUUUUCAUACACUGUGGAAUAAUUAAUUUAAAAAAUGUUUUUGGAUUACAGAAUACUUUGCUUUUUUAUCGUUUUAAGGUGGGCGCACACACGACAGGUUCCUACAGAGCCGUAUAGACAUGCGCUAUAUUUCCAUAAACUGCAAAAGUACCCCAGCUAUAAGAUUAUAAAUGCGCAAGAAGCUAAUUUGGCAACAAUAGAGCCAGUUACUAUGAACAGCGAGCCGUCAGUCGAAGCUCCAACUACCACAAGCACUGUAGUGCCGCCUACAAGCGUUGAUACAGCAACCGAUUCUAGUACUGACUACAGCGCAGCAGACACUACAACAAAAAUUGCACCAACAUCGCUUGAAAUUUCGACAGGUAAUACAUUUUAUACACCCGAUGAGUUUCCGCAUGAUCUGCUUGAAAUUGCACGUUCAAAGCUCGGUCUGAAGAGUCUCGAUGAAGUGCCCAGUAUAAGUGAGCUCGCCGAAUUUCUUGGCACUGCCAAUGCAACGGAGACGAUUAAAUAUAUACGUCAGAUGACGAACACCGAACAAGGUAUCGCAUUGAUAAAAGCCUACCUUGAAUCGGCCGACUUUACCGAUCGCACCGAUGAGCAGCGUCGUCGUCAACAACAACAGCAACAAAAAUCGCAGCAUGAAAAAAAUGUAGAAACUACUGCUGAAACAAAACAAAACAACUUUCUAGAACGUGUUGCUGCGUAUUUUCACAUUUACAAUUUUUGGCCACAAAGUAGUAGCGCUGAUGCCGCUGAAACACGCAAAAAUAUCGAGCAACAGCUAAGCAAAUACAUCAAACCACAGUUGACGUAUAGAAAACGUAUGCAAGUGGCAGCAACACAUCAAGCGGCCACCAAUAUGGCACAACAUAAGCCAAUGUUAGUACGUAAUCCCCUACCUUAUCACUAUCCUGUACCAUUGCGACCCAUUUCGCACAAUCGUUUGACGCAUAACGAUGCUGUAGGCAUAUCGGGCGCUUUUUCGCCAGUGCAUUUGAAUACACCUAAAUUCUAUGUGCCAUCGCAUAUACAACUGGCGCGCGCUACCAAUAUACCACCACAACAAUUGCAAACGUUGUUGCAAAGCAAACCAAAACUGGCUGAAUUAGCCGCAAAGGUAAGUCGUUUACCGCUGCCUAACGAUCGUUCGGACCGCAUUGAUGCACAACUGUUGGCGGCGGUGAAGCGUGCCAUAGAACAGGAUGAUGACUUGCGCAAACUGCUGCAGAGCACCGCGGCUACACUCAAAUAGCUGAGUGCCGGCCUUUAAAUGUAUUUUAGCAUAAAUUAAUUAAGACUAUUGAAUAAAAUUUGUAGCGAGUUAUAUAUUUUACAAACAUAGUGGUUUUUCAUUUUUAUUAUAUAAUUAACAUAGAUUUCUAUAUCAUCGCGAACAUGUUAUUAUUCGUGUAACGCUGUGCAUUUAGUCUUUAAAAAAAACAAGUUAAACUUUCAAAGCACUCAUACAAACGCACACUAGUCAUUGUGAAGUGCAAGUAUAUGCGUACACACUUCUAUAUUCCAUUGCCUAACUUAAUAAUUUUAUUUUAAUAGCUAAAUUACAUUUUUAUUUGUUAAUUUUGCUGUUUCAAGUAAACUAUUUUAAAGUGUUGAAAAAGUCAAUAGAGACAUAAGGUAAAUUUCAUUACUUUUUCAAUUAGAAAUUUUACAUAAAUUCAUUGUAUAUUGGAAAGAAAUAUAGCAGUUCAAGGAAAGUAUAACAAUAGUUGAAAUAUAUAAACAUGGAAGCCAUAACAGUAAAGAAUAACUUGCUGCUAUGUUUUCAAAGUUUAUAUAUAACAAUAUGUGUCAUGAAAAUCGCAGACUUAGUGUAGAAAACAAAUUUUCCUGACAGAUGAAGUAGAUGCAAUUAAAUUUCGUCUCGAACCACAGGAAAAUUAAACAAAAACAUAUUUAUAAGAG